AGUGAUGUGCCCGAGUCAACUCAGGAAACUACUCAGCAGCACAUUGAUUCCAAUCGUCCCGCACGGGAGGCUGAGCCUACUCUGCCGACUGAGUCGAGCAUUCCGAGUUUCUGGACGGCUUGCCCUUACUGUUACAAUCUCUACGAGUACCCUAAGGGUUACGAGGAUUGUGUACUUAGGUGCCAGAAUUGUGCAAAGGCAUUUCAAGCCUUGGUCAUUCCGUCGCCACCGGUGGCUGAUAAUGCUUCUACCUUUUGUUGCUGGGGAUUUUUCCCACUAGGGGUUUCUAUGAAGGCCAAAGGAACAAUGGGGUCUGCCGCCUGGUCGCCUUUUUCGGCCAUGUUUGCCUGUCCUUUGCCUGCUCAAGGGGCAACAAAAUUGGGGAAAACUAGAAAUGUUAAACCCGUCAAGAAAUCUGCACCAAAAUUCUUCUGUGAAGAGGAUGACAUAUAUGUGGAGAUUUCGGAAACAAGUGACAGUUCUGAUGAAGAAUGGGGGAGAGUGAGUAAGAAGAGGAAGCCUAAGAGGGGUUUGGCCAGUAGAAGUGACAAGAGACAACCUUCUGAGAGCUUAACGAAAGGGAGCCAAGGAAAUGUGGGGAAUGGAAAUACAGAUGAAGUUGAGAAUAUGAAUGGGCAGUUCGAAGAACAGAAUGGUUCGGGGCGGUUUGGUUUGUCAAACUCCACAAAGGGCGAGUCCAGCAAGAAGGCUGUGGCAGCGAUGGGGGGUACUGGGAAGAAGCAUAGAGGGAAAGGGGCAAAGGAGCUAGGAAAGUUGGAUUUGAAUGUGGAGUUCAGCAAUGAGGUGGAAGAGCCUGCCACAGGCGUAAGUGAAGGGCAUGGGGAGGAUAACAUUGGAAUUGGGUUCUUUGAGGGCCUUGAUGAAUUUUUGAGUAGUCUGCCGAUACUUAAUGCCGUGGCUGAUGAUAAGGUCAAAGCUAGUUAGUAAGGCUCUUGGAUGUUAUUCUUAAAGUAAGACUCUUCCUUUUGUUGUGGAUGUUGUAUUUUGUUAUUGUAGUAUAAAAAUAAUUUGAAGCUGCAAUGCAUUUUGCCCAGUGGUUCCUGUUCUUACACUGCCAUUCACAUAACUCUGAAAUAUGCGUUGCCUGAACUAUUCUUAUGGGUUUUCUUUCUCGGUCAAGAUCUUACACUAACUUGCGAGAACUGAAACUUAGCAAAUUUAAAUACUGUGAAAUUGUGCACUGUGCAGACACAAUUAUGUCUGUUGGCAAUCGAGUUUUCAUAUUUUUUUGUAUUUA